AUCAGUUUGUGUUGGCAAAACUUCCAUAUUUUCUCUCUUUCUGAUAUCCCAAUUCUCACUGAUAUUUAGCUCGAUUAAGGAAUUUUUAUUAUCUUCAAAUGGCUUCGAGUGUUUCAAAAGUUCCUCUUCUCCAGACAUUGGCGAAGAGAACAUUUGCUGCUGUUGCUGCUCCCAAAGCUGCAGGAAGUCAAAAUAAAGUAGAGGUGACUACUCUUCCCAAUAAGGCCAUUGUCACUUCUUUGGGAUGUGGGCCCAAACCCAUUGUACAAGUAGCAGUGGCAUUCAGAGCCGGUAGUCGAAAUGAAACUUCUGAAAAUUAUGGAGCUAGUCACAUUCUGCGGAGCUCUGCUGGUCUUAGCACUUGUAAUGCAUCCUCGUUUUAUAUCUGUCGUAGUUUGCAGCAAAUUGGCGCUAGCCUCACUGCCACUUCUGACCGAGAAACAAUUGUUUAUGUCCUUGAAUCUUCUGCUAGCAAUAUAAAUGAAGGACUUGAUACUCUGAGGAAGGCUGUUACUGGUCAAGAAUUCAGGCCUUGGGAAUUGUCUGAUAAUAUUUCUAGGAUCAAAAUUGAAUUGGCAUCAUUGCCUUCACAGGCAAAAGUAAUAGAUUUGAUUCAUAAAGCAGCUUUCAGGAGUGGGCUUGGAAAUUCUAUUUUUGUUCGAGAAUUCAAUAUUAAGAAACUUAACAGUGAAACGCUGCAACAUUAUGCUGCUAAUAAUUUAACUGGGGACAAAGCUGCCAUAGCUGGUUGUGGUAUAUCCCAAUCUGAUCUGACUUGUUUCGCCGAAUCCCUUGGGCUCUGCCCUGGUAGUGGCAGUGCAUUGCCUGCAUCUAAGUAUAGUGGAGGAGAAAUCAGGAUUGAGGAAAACAUUCCACUCCAGCAUACCAUCAUUGCUGCUGAAGCACCAAGCUUAGACAAAAGUGAUGCCCUGGCCUACGCUGUUCUGCGAUAUGCCCUUGGAACUGGUCCUUCAGUCUACCGUGGCACAGGAUCUGGACCACUUUCCAAGGUUGCUGGUGUGCUUGUCGGUGCUCAGGCCCUUUCCAUGGCACACUCUGACGCUGGGCUCUUUGGUAUUUAUGUUGCUUCUCCAGGCUACAACGCUAAAGAGGCUGUUGAAGCAGCAGUGAAAGUUUUGAAGGGUGGAGUUACUGAUCAAGAUGUUGCACGAGGUAAAGCGCAAUUGAAAGCAGCCUUAUUGUAUUCCAACGAAAGGUGCCGGGGAUUAGUGGAUGAUCUUGUUGGCCAGGCUUUACUUGUUACAGGAGUUCCUCCCAAAUCUGCUGCUGAAUUGGCUGACCAAGUUUCUUCUGUUACCACUCAGCAGGUGCAACAGGCUUUGCAAAAGAUCCAGUCUGGAAAGAAAUCACUUGCUACUAUUGGUAGUAUAAGCAAAGUGCCAUAUUUGGAUGAAUUGUAAUUAAAUAUACAAUCUUGUUGUAUUUGUAGUAAAAUAAUACUAAUUGUAAAUAUGAAAAAUGUAAUAAUAUACUUUGUUGCAUUGUUUGUAUUAUAUAUUAUUUUAUUCCUUUGAAUUUUUAAUUAUUAUAAUUUAUUUGUUAAAAUAAAUGUUUUCUGUA